UCCAGGAUGACAUCUCCCAUGGUGUUUAACAUAGAGAUAUAAACAGGGAGUGAGUGUGAGCUGUUCUCUCCAUGUAAGGAUAUGCAGCAGUGGGAGUUGAUGUGUUUGUAAAAAAAGAUGUUCUUUGGAGAGAUUCAGUCUGCGAUCUGACACGCGUUCUAUCAGAUUCUGUUGAUAGAUGGUUUGUUCCAGCAUGCUGUAUUAAUCCAAAUCCACUUCAAGUCUGCAGAACUGAGUCUUUGUGUUGCAGCUUGUGCUGCUGUCGCUGUCCAGCUGUCGUCCCACACAAUAAGCUUUCAUCUAAACGUCUCUCUCCAGUGCAGCUCUCCCCAACCAGAGGCUGACCCCGGAUGAAUCUGCUGAUAUGGGAACUUUCCGAUUGAGAUGAUUAUCUGGACUUUGCAGUCUGUGGAGAUUGCUUGAAUUUCCUGACUCAGUUUGGAGUUUACAUUCUUUGUGUGCUGUUGCCGAGGAAAAAUGACUGGAAUCAAUUCAGUCGCGCCAAUGAUUUUAUGGGUCAUCAUUCUGACGGUGUUCCAAGCUGCAUCGCCUCAACCUGCUCCCCCUCGAGGACCCAGGCCCAUACCUGGACGAGGUGACAGUCCGGAACCAACACCGGCUCCGCUGCCGCCAGAGCCCACACCAAGACCAGAAGGUUGUGAGACAACGAUCAUCGACUGUCCCAUCAAGCUGUUUUUCACCAUUGACACCUCAGAGACCAUCGCCCUGCAGGAAUCUCCGCCCGGGAGUCUGGUGGAGAGCAUCAAGGAAUUCAUGAAGAUAUUCGCCCAGAACCUCGAAAAUGAGGAGUACAGGGGCCAGAUCCAGAUCACUUGGUCCUUAGGGGGAUUGCACUUCUCUCAGAAGCAGGUGUUGUUCAGUCAGUUCACGACCAAACAGAGCUUCAUCAGGAAUCUCAGUCAGAUAAAAUACCUGGGCAAAGGCACCUACAUCGACUGCGCUCUCACAAAUAUGACCCACGAGAUGACGUACUCAGGGACACAGGCUGUCCUGUUCUCAGUGGUCAUCACAGAUGGUCACGUGACGGGGAGUCCAUGUGGGGGGAUCAAGGUGGCAGGCGACAGGGCUCGGGAUCAAGGGAUCCACAUUUUUUCAGUAGCAGCCUCCAGACGCGUCAAUGAACUAGGGAUGAGGGAGAUAGUCGGCUCACCCACAGAGGUGUACCGAGACGAUUACAUAGUCAUGGAGAUCGUUAAUGGAAGACCGAGGAUGAACACUGAAACUAUUGAUCGCAUCAUCAAAGUCAUGAAAUAUCAAGCAUAUCUACAGUGUUAUAAACCUACAUGCCUUGCAGUCCCUGGGAUCCCGGGACGAAAAGGGGCCUCAGGUCAAAAAGGCAUUAAAGGAGACAGAGGCAUCAAAGGACCAAAAGGUCAUAAAGGUAACCAGGGUGAUCCUGGGAUUGAAGGUUCAAUUGGACGACCUGGUCUAAAGGGAGAAGUUGGUUUUAAAGGAGAAAAGGGUGAAAUUGGAUUAAUUGGAGCAAAGGGUGCGGCGGGUUCACCAGGAAGGAAUGGAACAGAUGGACAAAAGGGUAAAUUUGGUCGAAUUGGAGCUCCUGGCUGCAAAGGUGAUCCAGGUGAAAAAGGACCAAAUGGAUACCCAGGAGACCCUGGUGACUCUGGAUUAUCUGGAAAAACGGGAGAAAAGGGUGAUACAGGUCUCCCAGGGAAGAUAGGCCCCCCAGGCCCUGUGGGAAAUCCAGGACUAAAGGGUGAAAAGGGAAAUCCUGGAAAUCCAGGAUCACCUGGAGGAAGAGGGGUUCCUGGGAUCAGUGGCAAACCAGGACUGAGGGGCGAACUGGGCAGGAGGGGAGAUCCUGGAAGGAAGGGGGCGCCAGGACAAGAUGGGGCCCCAGGACCGAAGGGAGAUCAAGGAGCAUCAGGGGACAGAGGUCGACCUGGGGAAGAUGGAGUUAGGGGUGCGAAGGGAGACCAAGGACUACCAGGACCAAGGGGUCGGCCAGGAGAACCAGGCAGCACUGGAGGAAAUGGCAUGGUGGGGCCUCCUGGAGAACCCGGACUGAGAGGAGACCCUGGACCACGUGGACCGCAGGGAGACAAUGGAAGGCCAGGAUUCAACUACCCUGGACCAAGAGGACCAACAGGAGAGAGAGGAGAUCCAGGCAAGAGAGGACCCAGAGGGGGCAGAGGUGAAUGCGGUGCAAAAGGGGAGCCAGGAGCUAAAGGAGCACCAGGAGAGCCUGGUGAACCAGGCCAGCCAGGAGAGCCAGGAGAGAGAGGACCCCAGGGAGACCCUGGAAAAGAUGGUGGUCCAGGGCCAGCUGGGGAUCCUGGGCUCACUGACUGUGAUGUUAUGACGUACAUCAGGGAGACCUGUGGUUGUUGUGACUGUGAGAAACACUGCGGCGCUCUGGACAUUGUCUUUGUAAUUGACAGCUCUGAGAGUGUUGGGAUGACCAACUUCACCCUGGAAAAGAACUUUGUUAUCAACACCAUCAACAGGCUGGGAUCAAUGGCCUCUGACCCCACAUCUCCAACGGGUACGAGAGUUGGAGUGGUACAGUUCAGUCACAAAGGAACAUUUGAGGUCAUACGACUCGAUGACCCUUCCAUAGACUCCAUGUCUUCAUUCAAGACAGCAGUGAAGAAUCUUCAGUGGAUUGCUGGGGGCACAUUUACACCCUCUGCACUCAAGUUUGCCUAUGAUAACUUAAUAAGGGACAGCAAGAGAGCCCGUGCCAAAGUAUCGGUAGUGGUAGUUACAGACGGUCGCUUUGACCCUCGUGAUGAUGACAGUAAACUCAGGUACCUCUGCGAUGACCCCAAUGUGGUGGUGAAUGCCAUUGGGGUUGGUGACAUGUUUGACAAGGAACAUGACAGUGAGACCCUAGUAUCAAUAGCCUGUAACAACAAGAACCGCAUCACUGAGAUGAAGAAAUACACAGACUUAGUGGCUGAUAACUUCAUUCAGAAGAUGGAAACAGUUCUCUGUCCUGAUCCAGUGAUUAAGUGUCCAGAUCUUCCCUGUAAAACUGAACUUGCUGUAGCUCCAUGUGUUGGACGACCCAUAGAGCUGGUGUUUCUUCUCGAUGGUUCGGAGCGCCUCGGGAUGGAAAACUUUGGCCACGCACGUCAUUUUGUUGAAAUGGUUGCAAAUGCAUUGACAAUGGCCAAGAACAGAAAUGACCAAAACGGGGCUCGUCUGGCACUGACAGAGUUUGGCAAUGAGAAUGAAAACCAAGUGGCCUUUCUUCUUACACACGAGCAGAAGGCUAUCACUUCUGGUCUAUCAGGUUUACAUUAUCUUGAUGCUUCGUCAGCAGUGGGGCCUGCCAUCUUCAAAACCAUCAAUGAGAUUUUGGGCAAAGGACCCACUCGCAAGACAAGACGUGGUGCCGAGGUCUCAUUUGUUUUCAUCACAGAUGGUAUUACUAAUAUCACCAACCUGGACGAGGCAGCUUCUGCAAUGCGCAGGGAACACAUCUUUUCCACUGUGAUUGCCACGGGAAGUGAUGUGGAUGAAGAAGUCCUAACAACGUUGGCUAUGGGUGACCAGACUGCCAUCUUUAAGAGUCAGAAAUUUUCUGAUCUGUUACAGCCUAGUUUCUUUGACCGUUUCGUCAGGUGGGUGUGUUAGAGACUGUCCUCAUUGUGAGUGUCCUACUGGUGCUACUGCUCUGUACUUAACCAUUUUAACAGUUGAUCCAAGUUGAAUUCACCCUUGUAUUGUUCUCAAAAAUGCUGAUUAAGGUCAGCUAAUUUCACCUCAGUCAGAGAUUAACAGGAACAAUAAUGUGCAAAACCUGAAAUAUUUGGGGAGGAGGUUUCUAAAGAACUCAGUUCUUACCAGCACUGAUUUUCUUUGUGUUCAAAUAUGAAACAAAAAAGAAAUGAGCCAAUGGUGAGAGAUAACUGGCAAAGACUUUAGGUACCUCUAUAUUGUCUACCCAGAUUGUUUUGAGUGAACAUUUUCCAGAUAACAUUUUUUUCUUGUACCAAAAUAUUAAAUUAGGUUAGUUUCGAUUUAUUUGUAAAAUGGUCUAUUUAGUUUUCCAAUUGCAAGAAACUCAAACUUAAAACAAAAUAAAUAAGGGUAAAAGAUUUCCAUCAAGUUAAUUUGACAGCCAGUAAAGCAAUUUAUUUUUCCAAAUGUUUGCAAAUUCAUCUCCAGACAUGAACACUAAUUAUACAGCGAAAUUAGGUAAUAUCAUAGCUAACAGCUGAAACCAAGAGCACUUUGGUGUGGUCCAUUUGUACUCAGAAAUCCAACUUUCUUAUUUACUUCACAAACUCAAAAUCCAAUAUGGCUGCCUUGUGCUUCAAAUGUAACAAAAAAUGUAUGCCUUGUUUUUUGGAUUUUUGGUGAUACCUCCUCAGUCACACAUAUUGUCUUUAAUAUGUUUCUAAAUAGUUUGAAUGUAUAAAACACUGAAAUAUGUGCCACUUUAAUUAAAUUUGCCAUUAAUGACACAAUUAGCAAAUUCUAUUGUUUUCAUCAAGCAACAGAAGCUAAGUGAUUCUGUUAAAAGAUUAUAAGCAGUUAUUCCUUAGCAGAAACUCCCGUUGUUUUCACGCUAUGCAAAACCCAGUUAGUUGGCCCAAAAGGCUGAAGCUAAAGGCUAAUCCGAGAGGCUAUAGACCAAGAAGACAACUAAUGUUAAUGCUUCAUGAACCUGUAAAUUGUAAUCAUGCAUGUAUAGAAGAGCUAUUUAUAAAGAAGCUGAAUAUUAUUUUCUCAAUAAGCGAAGUUUGGAGGCAGUGCAUCACCUCCUGUACAUUUGGGCUUUUCUGGAUGGAUUUUGUCUACAUGUUUCCGUCAAUGGCUAAAUAUCUAUGUCAGGUUAUUUGGUCACUUAAAAUUUUGCUGUUUUUAGUGCUUGUGCACAUAAUUGUCUCUCCGUUUCCCUGUGAUGAUGAGUUGCGACCUGUCCAAGGUUCACCCGACAUCUUGCCCACCGAGCGCAAUAGAUGGACACCAACCCCUUUACAGCCCCAGCAUUUUGAACCUCUAUAACAUUUUGAAGAGUACAGUUGUUUUGAGAUGGUGAAAAUCAGUUUUGGUCUAGUGCUUUCUCUGUCUAGCCAUUAAAUUCACCCUCUAAGUCCAAUUAAUAUGGAUUCACACCAAUUGAAAACUAUAUAAAAUAUCCAAUACAAGCAAGAUAUUAACUGCUUUUAACCUUUUUAACAGAACCACACCUGGACAUUCAUAAACACCUUUGAAAGUUGGCUGUGAUGUCAUUUUAAGAUUAGGGCUUUAAUGACUUAGGUAAAUCAAAUUACCGUAAGUGAUACAGACUUGAAUCUUCGUUGUCUGCAAUAAAUCCAGGGCAAUAUGUUAUGCUUUUUAUUUUGAAAGGUUGUCCCCUAAACUAAGGAAGUACCGUCUCAUUUUUAAGAAGUAAAUGUUACACAAAUGCAGUUUUUAAGUGUUUUAUGUGGUGCUAGCAAGCUUACAUUUAUUAAUUAAGGACUUUUUUGGAGCUGUUCAACAAAUGUUACACAGUAGUAUCAUAUAGUACAAUAAUUCGGUUCAAGAACAGUGAUUUAGAGGGUUUUUGUGUAAAAUACAAGUGUCUGUUGGUGUUCAUUAUCUGUCAAACAAAAACUUUGCAAUACACUCAUUAUUUUAAGAAAA